AUGCGUGCUCUGGACAUGUCAGCUAUUCCAAGUAGUUUGGAUGAAGCCGAUCAGCCUCGAGUCAUACUGGCCUGGGAGGAUAAGCCUGCCAGAGAAGAUUCGCCCUCACUCUUCAAAAGAGCACCUGGCAGUUCGCCAUCAAGAGUAAUGCCGUUUUUUGCAUUAACCCGUCUUCACAAUCUUUAUACCUUCACCGGUUCAAUGAAGCAGAGUGCAGUUGGAAAAGACAUGCUCUGGCCAACAGCUGGCUGGAGCGAUUAG